AUGUCAGAUGUUGGCAUUUAUCCAUCAAUUCAUCGUUCGACUUUAAUUGAUAGACAAGUAACUUAUGUUAUUACGACUAAUAUAAGAUGGCCAAAUGGAUUAACAAUUAAUUUUGAUGAUAAUCCUGUUUAUUGGACAGAUGCUUGGAUGUAAGUAGUUUUUAAGUUUUUGUUUUUUUUUGAAGGAUCUUGAUUAAAAAGUUUUGAGAGAAAUAUUAGUUCGUUUCUUGAUUAUUUGAAUGUGAUUCAUAAGAAUUAAAGAUUGGUUUUUAAUACGAAGGUCGUUAAUAUAUAACAAACAUUUCAGGUGAUAGUCUUGUAUAUAGUUGAUAUUUUGCAUAGUCAACAAUAUAGUGUAUUUGUCACGUCUUGUGCUGCGUAUCAAUGAAGAAGAAGUAAUAGGUCAAUAUCAGUUUAUUGACGAGUUAACAGUAACAAGAACAAAAAGAUAAUGUUGCGACAAAUUACGCAAUCAAUGGAAAAUAUAUGGAAAAGGAAAUACGCAAUACAAAGAGAAAAGAAAAGAUCAAAAAAGAAAUACGUCAUGUGAGACUAGAUAGGAGAAAGAACGAAACAAUAUAUGUAUUAUCUAGCUACUCAGAAUGUAUAACAAAAUCUAAAGAGAACGAAAGAAAAAGGAAAGAAAACAAAUAUAGUAUUGAAUUUAUUUGUUUUUCACUAUAUGACA